AUGGCGUUUAAUGUCUUUCUGACUGUUCGGACCAAACGGAAUGCGACAGAAUUGAGAAAGAUCGAUUUUGUUGCGGUCUUAUUAGCAUUCAUCUUACCUUUCAUUCAAGCUUUCACCUACUUGUUCUGGAGGCCGAACGGCAAGACUGUCUACGGCCCGGCGACACUUUGGUGUUGGAUUGCUAAGGAGUCCGCGAUCAUCCGGCUGGUGGCCUUCUUCGUGCCAAUAUGGUGUUUCGUUUCUAUCGCCAUCUUCUUCCUCGCUCUGAGCGGCAAGCAGAUCCUUCGUGUUCGUAAUAGCGUCAAGUCCGCCAAAGCCCAAUCCGCUCUACACAGGGAAGAGCUUGCUCUAGGCACCGACGGCUUUCCUGUGCCACGAGAGCGCCGAUUCUCAAGUUUCGCGCGAGCUUUUAUUGGGCCCACUGUAAGUUUAGAAUCAGGAGGAUCAGUAGUGACAGCCACGAACGGCGAGCAGAGCUCACAGCUGCCAUCCCCUCAAUUCAAAGGACUCGAGCCCCUUUCGCCACUCGCACCGAUUCAAUCGCGCGAGCUCCUGGACCUAGAGCGGCAGCUACAAGGAGGCCCCUACGCACAAGAAUCACUAUACCAAACCACAACUUCCUCAUCACCGUUCGGCACUUGGCACCCGACCUCCCCUGCUGGUACUCUGGGCCGUUCGCCUUCCGAUCAACCAAUACUGCAAAACAGCGAACAGAUUUCUUCGCGACGGUCGUCUUCCCGCUUCGACAGGAUUCACUGGAAAUACGCAAAAUUUGCUCUUCUGUGCACGCUUGUUUUGUUUGUGACCUGGUUCCGAUGCUACCCAAAAUCUCCGUUUUGGAACCUGAAGACACCGAUGGACACGAAUUGA